CUAACCUUACUUUCCAGUCUGUGGGAAAAAGUGCGGAGUAAACGAAUGCUUUUCUGGUGUUUUUCGCCCUGAAAAUCGUCCAUUCAGGUGGAAAUUCGACCUAGAUUCACCAAUUUGGCGCUCCUGGAAAUAAUGCUGCCCUCCAACCGGGAGUUGAAUGGCUAUUCGGAGAGUCUCUGCACGUCCAGACUGGAACUUCCCGGAGUGGCUGGCUCUCCGGUGUCUGAGGAGGACGUGUUGGUUGAGCUGGACGAGCCAGCGGAUGUGUAUCACUUGCUGUCGGACAAGGUGAGGAAGGAGUACGUGACUUACCUGGAGAAGCUUCUGCACUCCAACUACGAGACCUGGAUGAUCUGCAGCCCGUCGGCGGACGAGCAGAGGCUCAACUGGGAGGACUUGAAUCUCUGUGCCAAGACGCUGGAGCUGGAAGCCGUGAAGUCUAGCAUGAUUGUCAGUCUCUAUCGGAAGGCGAUGCUGAAGAUCAUCUCGGAAGUGCGCCUGGAGACGAAAGGGCAGAGAUUGAUUUCUCGCCUCGCCGAGUGUCACAGUGGCAUGAGGACAAAGUGCAAUGCGGAGACGCAAACGGAGCAGUUUGAGAGGGAUUUCACACUUCCUGGAGAGCUUCCUGAUCUGCCAGACACACCAUCGCCGCCCAGGAAGAAGCGCAGGAGCGCCAAGAAGCGCCGAAAGACACCACCGCGGCCAGAGGCUGAGGAGACAAUGACAAAGGAUGAAAUUGAGGAGAAUCUGGAGAAGCUCUUCGCCACAGAAGCGAACGAGUUGGACAUCUUCGAGACUGCCGACGAUCCGCACAUCAAAGUCGUGCUGUCGGAGACAAAUCACCCGCCGGCCGGCGUGCAGUCGCCCCAGCUGAUUGUGGAGGAGCAGCAGGACACGCUGAAGGACAGCAUUUGGCCGUGCGAGCUGCGGAUGCGGCGCAGGAAGCUCUUCCAGAUCAUGUGCACCGUCGGCGAUUCCAGCCUGCGCAGCUACGAGCGCCUGAAGCUGGUGUUCCAGGAGCUCUUCGGCGAGGACAGCGACGACGAGGAGGCGCCGCUCAGUCCGGCCGACGACAUGGACGCCGCGACGCUGAGCAGCUGCAGGAAGCGCAUCGCACCCCUGAUCGUGAAGCAGCUGAUGAAGCCCUUCAGCCAGGGCCUGAUCGCCAAUCGGUGGCUGUUCAAGAAGCUGGCCAAGAGCCUGGCGGACAGCAUCGUGCUGGUGAACGACUAUCCGGACGAGCGCUUCGUGCGGAACCACAUCGACGAGUACUUCGCCAUCCAUCCCAGAAUCGCCGACGCCAGCGACAUCGCAUGAAGCUCUCUUUCUUUCCCUCUUCCUGCCCACCAAAUAAAGCACAAGUCGAACAGGAUACAAUUUAUUGGCAUGCAAAUCGGCU